AUGCAUCAAUGCAGUGGGACACCAGCACAUCCUCUAUUGUCUUUGCUGACGAUACCACCAGUGCCCUGCGGGAUACCUCAAUCAGAAAUACACAAUCUCUACGCCACCCACUUCAAUAAUAUAGCAAACGUCCUCUUAGUUAAUACUUACUUAUACCUGCCUAACGAUGAAGUAUAUUCCAUAGUGGAGGUUGAAUUCUAUCUUCGAGACACCGCUUCCAAUCAUGCUGAUCCUUACACUCACGGAGAUGUGCAUCAACUCACGUGCGGGGAAUGGUACUUCCAUCGCGUUGGGAAGAAUGGGUAUCGAGGUGGAACACGUAAAGGUGUGGACCUCACGUUCGGAUCUAUUAAGAGGAAUAUUUACGGUGGAAUAUUGAUUCGCAGCAUUAAGAAUGAACGAAGCGGUGACGUAAUCGAAGGCCCUAGUCUCGUUGUUGACCAAAUCUUAAAAGCCUGUGGAGUCAAUACGAACGGAGGAAUUCGCAAGUUGGUCGAAACGAUUUGGUCUUUUAAAAAAGGUGCAUUGAAGGACAUGGAAAACUCCAACAAUAUGGUCUACCUCGAGUUAAAAUCUUCAAUCAAUAAUACGAUUACCGCCGAUAAAGUUGGCAUAUUACCCGCAACAAAGAAGAGAAAGUUGGGUGAAAGCGGAAGCGAGAGACAACAGAAUAUUAGUGAUGGUAAAAAUCCCGCCGAACAAUAUCUAUCCGUUUAUAACUCUCCGCGCGUGGGACUUACCUUGACAGAUAAACAAGAGAUAGCCUAUCUGUUUAAGCCAUACAGAUACUUUACUCAACCAUUUUUGUUAAAAAAAGGACGCGGUCAAUUGAUUGCUGGCCUUAUGGCUACCGUGCGUGACUGUCAGGAAAUAGCAAAAAUAGCCGGAUUAGCUGUUUCCACUGUAUCGUCGUAUUAUUCUGAUUAUGCAGCAGGAAAAGAAUCUUGUAAUAUUGCUGAAUUUGUUGGGCAACGCCUGAAUACAGUAAUGUUUGUUCGCAUGGCGGGCGCAGUCGAUUCAAUGAAAUAA